ACAAGAAAAUUGAAAAAGAGAAAUUCCGGCAAGAUACCUUGAAAUUGGAAGAUUCUGCUCUGAAUUUUCUCUCUUUCUUUCUCCAUGGAAGAAAACAGACACGGAGUGACUCAGAUCUGAAACAAAGAAAACAACACCCAUUCUCUUUCUCUUUGUUCCUCCCCAUUCACUGUGGAAAAUGUCGAGCGACAGCGACGAAGAUGAGCUCCUUCAGAUGGCGCUGAAGGAACAAUCGCAGCGAGAUCUCAACUAUGGCAAAUCCUCUUCCAAUUCCCGCAAGCCAGUCGCCAACUACGUCCAACAGCCAAAGAAAUCCGCGCCUCCGUCCAAGCAAUCGCAGGGAAAAGGCAGAGUCGUGGACGACGACGACGAUUCCGAAGUCGAGAUGCUUAGCAUAUCCAGCGGUGACGAGGACAACGCUAAGGAUCCCAAUGCGUCAUCCAGGAACAGAGGCGCUGCUGCCGCCGCCGGAAGAGCCGGACCGCGGGACGAUGAUCGCGCCUGGGACGGCGAGGAGCCUAGUCGCUGGAAGCAUGUCGACGAGGCUGAGCUUGCUCGUAGGGUCCGUGAAAUGAGGGAAACAAGAACAGCACCUGUGGCUCAAAAAUUUGAAAGGAAAGCUUCAGCAUUGGGUAGAAAGGGCCUUACCUACUUGCAGUCAUUCCCUCGUGGCAUGGAAUGUGUUGAUCCACUGGGAUUGGGGAUCAUAGACAACAGAACUUUGAGGUUGAUCACUGAGUCUUCAGAUAGUUCUCCUAGGACUGACAAGGAUAAUCAGGAUGGCAGGUUACGUGAAAAAUUGCUGUAUUUUUCGGAGAACUUCGAUGCAAAGCUGUUCUUAUCACGGAUACACAGUAAUACCAGUGCUGCUGAUCUGGAGGCUGGCGCGCUUGCUUUGAAAACUGAUUUCAAAAGUCGUACUGAGCAGAGAAAACAGUUGGUUAAGGACAACUUUGAUUGCUUUGUCUCUUGCAAAACAACAAUCGAUGAUAUUGAGUCAAAGUUAAGACGGAUUGAGGAUGACCCUGAAGGAUCUGGGACUUCCCAUUUGUUUAAUAUUAUUCAAGGAGUCAGUUUGCAAGCUAAUCGUGCUCUGAAGCCUUUAUUUGAGAGACAGGCUCAAGCAGAAAAAAUUAGGACUGUUCAAGGAAUGCUACAGAGGUUCCGGACGCUUUUCAACCUACCAACUACUAUCCGUGUCAGCAUUAGCAAGGGUGAAUAUGAUUUGGCAGUCAGGGAGUACAAGAAGGCCAAGUCAAUUGCUCUGCCCUCCCAUAUUCAGGUGGGUAUCCUGAAACGUGUUCUUGAAGAAGUUGAAAAAGUGAUGAAUGAGUUCAAGUCUAUGCUUUUUAAGUCUAUGGAAGAUCCACAAAUAGAUUUAACAAAUCUUGAGAAUACUGUGAGGUUACUGUUGGAUUUGGAGCCAGAGUCAGAUCCAGUAUGGCAUUAUUUGAAUAUACAGAAUCAGAGAAUUCGGGGUUUGCUUGAGAAGUGUACUUUAGAUCAUGAGGCUAGAAUGGAAAAUUUGCAAAAUGAAUUGCGUGAAAGGGCUCUUUCUGAUGCUAGAUGGACGCAAAUUCAAGAAGAAAUGAGUGAACCUUCAGAUAUCAACAACUCUUCUAUUCUUGAUAAUACUGAUCCUGUGGUCCAGUCACAUCUGGUUGAUCUAACUGGUGAAGAGGUAGAUGCCUUAAGAGGAAGGUAUAUCUGCAGAUUAACUGCUGUAAUCAUCCAUCAUAUACCAGCAUUCUGGAAGGUUUCACACUCUGUUUUCAGUGGAAAAUUUGCUAAGUCUUCCCAAGUUACCACAGAGUCAAAUUCAAACGUUUCUGCAAAUAAAAUUGAAGAAAAAGCUGGAGAUGGGAAAUACUCCAGCCAUUCUCUUGAUGAAGUUGCUGCAAUGAUAUGCAGCACAAUAUCGCUGUAUGGAGUGAAGGUUACUAACAUUUUUCAUGAGCUAGAGGAAUCAAAUGUCCUCCGGUCCUACAUGAGUGAUGCCAUAGAAGAUAUAUCUAAAGCAUGUGUGGCUUUGGAAUUGAAGGAAGUGGCUCCUCAGAUUGCUGUUAGUGCUAUUCGAGCACUGCAAUCAGAAAUUAUAAGGAUAUAUGUUCUGAGGCUUUGCUCUUGGAUGCGAGCAUCAGUUGAAGAUGUCUCCAAGGAUGUGACAUGGGUUAUUGUUUCAAUUCUUGAAAGGAAUAAAUCCCCAUAUGCAAUCUCAUACUUGCCUCUAACAUUCCGUUCAGUUGUAGCUUCAGCGAUGGAUCAAAUCAAUUCGAUGCUUCAGUCCUUAAGGAAUGAGGCAACAAAGUCAGAGGAUACAUUUAUGCAGCUUCAAGAAAUUCAGGAAUCUGUCAGACUUGCGUUUUUAAACUGCUUCCUGGAUUUUGCAGGUAAUUUAGAGCGUAUUGGAAUUGAACUUGGCCAACAGAGAUCAGACAAAGAGGGCUCCCAUUUACCAAAUGGUUAUGCAUGUGAAUUAGACAAAAAUGGGCCUUCUGAUCUUCAAGGAGGUGUUACGGAUCCCCAUCAACAACUAUUGAUUGUUCUGAGCAAUAUUGGAUAUUGUAAAGAUGAACUUUCUUAUGAGUUGUAUGACAAAUAUAGACAUAUCUGGCUGCAUUCCAGGGGGAAGGAUGAAGGAAACAGUGAUGUACAAGAUCUUGUAAUUUGUUUCUCAGGGCUUGAAGAAAAGGUCCUUGAACAAUAUACUUUUGCAAAGGCAAACUUGAUCAGAUCUGCUGCCACGAAUUAUCUGUUGAAUUCUGGUAUUCAGUGGGGAGCAGCACCUGCAGUUAAAGGUGUUCGUGAUGCAGCAGUAGAGUUGCUGCACACAUUGGUUGCUGUGCAUGCAGAGGUUUUUGCUGGUGCUAAACCGCUUUUGGAUAAAACACUAGGCAUUCUGGUGGAAGGCUUGAUUGAUACAUUCAUCAGCAUUUUCCAUGAAAAUGAAAGUAAGGAUCUUAGUGUGCUUGAUACAAAUGGAUUCUGUCAGCUCAUGCUUGAGCUUGAGUACUUCGAGACUAUAUUAAACCCAUACUUUACAUCUGAUGCAAGAGAUUCCUUGAAGUCUUUACAAGGAUUAAUUUUGGAAAAAGCCACGGAGAGUGUGACUGAUGCGGUUGACAAUCCAGGACAUAAUCGUCGGCCAACUCGCGGUAGUGAAGAUGCAAUUGCAGAUGAUAAACAAGGAUCUACCGUAUCACCAGAUGAGCUCAUUUCUCUUGCGCAGCAGUACAGCUCGGAGUUCCUUCAAUCAGAGCUUGAGCGCACACGCAUUAACACAGCAUGCUUUGCGGAAUCUAUUCCUUUGGACUCGGUGCCAGAACCAGCCAAAUCUGCCUACUCCUCCUUCAGGAACUCGGUGGAUUCUCCUAGCAGAAACUACAGAAGUACCUCUAAUACUGGAUCCUCGAGUUUCUCUCGGCACAGACAUUGAUGAGUUAAAUUAGCACCUUAAUUCUUCUAGUUUGUUUGCCUAUUAUGUAUUUUAUUGUAGUAUAUUUUUGGUUUUAUAGUUAAUGAAAAUUUGUAUUCUUUGCAUUAUUAUUUCUUUGUUUGUAAAGGUGGAUGACAAUUACCACAUAUUAUUGAGUUUUGAAGCAUAGGUCGGCAUUCCUGUAUGCCUUGAACAGUGCAUUCAGUUUUGUCAUUGAGUUUUAAAUGGUCGGGUUAUUUGUAGCAGAAUUGCUGGACCCUUUGGACUGAGAUUAAUGAAUGUAGCUUGUCCAUCAUCUCGGUAAAGCCUUGCAUUAAACAAACCUCAAAAUUGCUGCACUUUUAUCUGUUUGUUUUAGAUCACUGGUUCGGAAUUUUCAAUCUGUGGAUAUUUUUCU